AUUCUCAUUGGGCCACUCACUCAUUCGCAUCUUGCAGGGAUCGGUGGCCAAACAUCUUCGGAAGGUGUGGCGCCCGCAUGUGCCCCAAGCAUCGUUCGGCGUGGAUGCAUCGUCACUGUGACUCGUUCACGAGCGGCCCCCGUGACAAGGAUGCACCGCACGUAAAUUAGACGCUAAGCAGGGAGAGCGGCGAGGUAUUCAAAAGGAGACCAGUCGAGAUGCAUCAUCCAACUCAUUUCCCCUCACUUAGCAUCACACCACAAUCUAGCUUCAAAGCUCAACGCAGCUCAACGCAACCCUCCACUCACCCAACAAACUCUUAGCAAACAUGUCUGGUCGCGGAAAGGGUGGCAAAGGUCUCGGAAAGGGUGGUGCCAAGCGUCACCGUAAGAUCUUGCGAGACAACAUCCAAGGUAUCACCAAGCCCGCUAUCCGUCGUCUCGCGCGUCGUGGUGGUGUCAAGCGUAUCUCUGGUCUCAUCUACGACGAGGUUCGAGGAUGCCUGAAGAUCUUCCUUGAGGGUGUCAUCCGCGACUCUGUCACCUACACGGAGCACGCCAAGCGCAAGACUGUCACUUCUCUCGACGUCGUCUACGCUCUCAAGCGCCAAGGCCGUGUUCUUUACGGUUUCGGUGCCUAAGAGGAGAUUGUCUACCGUCAUCAAACCGACAAACUUGCCCUUUGGGGCUCUCACACGCACAAACACCCAUGCACUUCAGCGUUUGUAUCCGUCUCAACUCCCACACGUGUACUUCUAUAUGCCUUCUUAGCAUCCAUGAGCCUGUCUCCGUGUGUCUUU